AGCGUUUUAAAAUAUGAGCAUAUAUAUUCUAAAUAUGUUGUUCAAGAUGUGUCGUUUGCCACUGAAACCGCGAAAUUCCCUCUUUUUUCUCCAUUUGUCUCUCUCUUUCUCUCGUAUGUCCGUGUUUAUCAAAGAUGCGUCGCUUUCAUUUUGUAUUAGUUUGUUUCUUCGGACCUCCCCUAUCCCACUUCUUUGUUUCAUUCACCGACCCUUAUUGUCUAUCUGGGUCGGCAAUGCUUUUGAAUUAGUCGUUGUUGUUUCCGUGUUGUUCUUCGUUGUUGCUUUUUCUUGAAGCUACCCUCUACCCAAAAAAUGGAUCUUCAAGAAAGAUUGGUGUUUUUUCUUGUGGGCUUGUUUCUUUUGCAACUUUUUUGUGUUGCCAAUGCCAAUUUGGUUUUCCCUGUUGAACGCAAAUUCAAAGGCUCCGUUGAAAACCUUGCUGCUAUCAAAGAUCAUGAUGCUCAGCGCCGAGGGAGGUUUCUCUCUGCCGUUGAUAUUCCUCUCGGUGGCAAUGGUCGUGCCAAUUCAAAUGGACUGUAUUAUACAAAAAUUGGGCUUGGCUCUCCCGCGAAGGACUACUAUGUGCAGGUUGAUACAGGAAGUGACCUUCUGUGGGUGAAUUGUGUUGGCUGCACAACAUGUCCCAGGAAAAGUGGUCUUGGUAUGGACUUAACCCUCUACGACCCUGCACAAUCCACAGCUUCAUCUUUGGUUGGUUGUGACGAUAAAUUUUGCACUUCCACAUAUAAUGGUCCUAUUUCUGGCUGCUCAAGAGACAUGGCUUGUCCGUACAGCAUAACUUAUGGAGAUGGAAGUACAACCACUGGGUCCUAUAUUAAGGAUUAUAUUACAUUCAACCGAGCCAAUGGUGAUCUCAAGACUGUACCAGAUAAUAGCACUGUUAUUUUUGGGUGUGGAGCUAAACAAUCUGGGACACUGAGUUCAGGUUCUGAGGAAUCCCUUGAUGGAAUAAUUGGUUUAGGACAAUCAAAUGCGUCUGUGCUUUCACAACUUGCUGCAGCUGGAAAGGUGAAAAGGGUAUUUUCCCACUGUCUUGACAGUUAUAAUGGAGGAGGAGUAUUUGCCAUAGGGGAAGUAGUGCAGCCAAAAUUUAACAAAACUUCAUUGGUACAAAAAAUGGCACACUACAAUGUGAUUUUGAAGGACUUGGAGGUUGGUGGGGAUAGUGUACAACUCCCCACAGAUAUAUUUGAUUUUUCAAAUGGGAGGCAAGCAAUUAUAGAUAGUGGUACAACCCUGGCUUAUCUUCCAUCCACAGUUUAUGAUCAAAUAUUAGAGAAGGUUUUGGCUGCACAGCCUGGAAUGAAAUUAUAUCUUGUUGAAGAACAAUUUACAUGUUUCCGUUUUGAUGAUAAUGUUGAUGAUGGAUUUCCAAUUGUCAAGUUUACCUUUGAUGACGGACUAACUCUGACAACUUAUCCUCAUGAUUACCUAUUCCUGUUUAAAGAGAACAUGUGGUGUGUUGGCUGGCAAAAAAGUAUUGCACAAACUAAGGAUGGACAGGAGAUAAUUCUUCUUGGAGAUUUGGUGCUGUCAAACAAGUUAGUUGUAUAUGAUCUUGAAAACAUGACCAUUGGAUGGACUGACCACAAUUGCUCUACCAGCAUCAAAGUGAAGGAUGAUGAAACUGGAAAGGUAUAUGCAGUGAGCGCACAUGAUCUUUCUUCAGCUUCCACCGUGAUAAUUGGAAGUGUAUUAACGCUCUUCAUGAUGCUUAUUACAAUGCUAAGCUCUUAAUUCAACAGUGUAAACGAGGGUGGUAUUUAUUUCAAUUUGUUGUAACUUAAUUCCUUGGUGGUAAGCUUCAUUGGAAUAAAUUAACCAUUUCUCGAGUACAUAGAAAAAGAAGUGAGAUAGGGGAGGGAUUUCUGAGUUAUUUUCAAUUGUCUCCUUGUAUAAUUUUUUUUAAAAGAGAAAGGCACAAAGUUCUAAAGGAUACAAUAUCAUUUUUGUGAUGAUAUUGCAUUAUUGCUGCAUAGGAAAAUUGUUAAAAAAUAGUUUAUUGUAAACUGUUCUUCAUGUAAGAUCCACAUUUUUUUGCUGAGUAAAUCACACUGCUCUUUCGAUCUGCAAA